CUCUCUCUUUCGUAUAAUUGUGCUACACAUAAAAUGGGGAUGGAAAAGAUUAAAAAAAUUUCAGGCACAAAAAAAAGAUUAUUUGCAGGUUCUUCUCUUUCACUCUUUUGCUCGUAUACAAUGAAAAAGGCUCAGGGCAGCCAUUUCUUUAGUAAAAUUUUUGAUAAUCAUCAACAUGUCUUGGUGGCCCUUACUGUUACAGCAGCAGCUAGCUCUUUGUUUUACUAUCUUUACACUCAGACAACUCAAGCACGAUCGAGUCGUGCAAUCGAGAUGGUAAGGAAAAACGGAAUCUCGAAAAGAAAGCUAUUGCAAAAACCGCAAGAGAAAUAUGCCAGUCUAAAGAUUGAGAAAAGGUUUGUCAAUCCUUUUGAAGAAUGGACAGAAAUUCCUUUUUACAAAACAUUGCUUUUUUGGCUGGGAAGAUGGAAAGGAAAUGGUAUUCCUCAAAGCAUAAAGGAACUUGAAGUAGCCUUGCCUGUUGUGCAACCUAAUUUGGAGAAAAUCAAAAAUGGGUCAGACUCAGUAACAUUUACAUGGUUUGGACAAUCAACAUGUCUUAUGACAAUUGACGGAUUGACUAUUUUGUCUGAUCCGGUGUUCAGUAAAUGUUCAGUCAAUGACUAUUUCGGACCAAAGCGAUUGAGACCAAUUCCUUGUCAAUUAGAAGAAUUUAUAGAUACUAUCGAUAUAGUCAUUGUCUCUCAUGACCAUUUUGACCAUCUAGAUGAAGCAGCUGUACAAAAAUUAGGAAACUCAGUUGUUUGGUAUAUUCCUUUAGGACUAAAGGGCUGGUUUGUUAAAAGAGGUAUCUCAAACGUAAUUGAGAUGGAUUGGUGGCAAGAAUUGCAGCAUCAACAAAGACCAGACAUUCAGAUUGCUUGUGUCCCUGCAAUGCAUUGGAGUGGGUCAAGAACUCCUUUUGAAAAGAACAAUACACUUUGGUGUAGUUAUGUUAUCAAAGGAAAAAACGAUAAAAUAUUUUUUUGUGGUGACACUGGAUAUGCACCCGAAUUAUUCAAAGCCAUUGGCGACCUGUACGCUCCAUUUACAUUAGCAGCUAUUCCCAUUGGUAGCUUUUUACCAACACAAUUGAUGCAGCAUCUUCACAUGGGCCCUGAAGAUGCCGUUAAGGUACAUUUUGAUUUAGGCAGUCCUCGCUUAUCAAUCGGCAUCCAUUGGGCUACAUUCAUGAUGUCGGAUGAACAUUAUCUAGCGCCAAGAGAAGUUCUGAACCAAAUUUGGAAUGAUUGUCGACCAAAUCAUGAGACGCAUUUUACUACAACUGCAUUUGGGCAGACGAUUGUAUUAGACUAAACACGAUGAAUUAAACUAGAAUACUCUGUUACUUUCAUUAAAAAGAAACCUUUCUUUAUUUUCCCCCUGUUCAUUUCCGCGGAAUCAUGCAACUUGAACUAUUUUUAACUGGAAAAAAACUUCUAUACAAUUUUUGCUUAACGCAAAGAAAGAAUGAACUACUGUAGUAUUCUAUAUAAAUGAUAGAACAUUUAAGUCAGGGGUGUAUUAGUAAGAUUUGACUAAGCUCAAUAUAGCCAUGAUUUGGCUCGAAAUUCUUUUUUACAAAAAGCAGUAAAUCAUCCCACAUCCUCGCACAACUCAGGACCGAGA